UCUUUCUAGACCUACAUCUUCACCGAUGGCGAAGACCAAGAGCUCAAGCAAAGAAUUGGAAACGUCAUCAACACCAAUUGUUCUUCUGCUCACAGCCGCCAAGCCUUAUCCUGCAAGAUGGCGGUCGAAUAUGACCAGUUCAUUGAAUCCGGACGAAAGUGGUUUUGCCACGUGGACGAUGAUAAUUAUGUGAAUGUCCAGAUGUUGGUCAAACUGCUCUCCAGCUAUGCUCACACGCAGGAUAUCUACAUUGGAAAACCCAGUCUGGACAAGCCUAUCCAGGCUACUGAGAGAAUCAGCGAGAACAAGAUGCAUCCGGUCCACUUCUGGUUUGCCACCGGUGGUGCUGGGUUCUGCAUCAGUCGUGGUCUGGCACUGAAGAUGACCCCUUGGGCCAGCGGUGGGCAUUUCAUGAGCACCGCGGAAAAGAUUCGUCUCCCUGAUGAUUGCACCAUUGGGUACAUCAUAGAAUCUGUCCUGGGGGUGAAACUGAUCCGAAGUAAUCUUUUCCACUCGCAUCUCGAGAAUCUCCAUCAAGUACCCAAGUCUGAGAUCCACAAACAGGUCACUUUGAGUUAUGGGAUGUUUGAAAACAAGAGGAAUUCCAUCCAUAUGAAGGGGGCUUUCUCAGUGGAGGAAGAUCCUUCCAGGUUUCGCUCCAUCCAUUGCUUGCUGUACCCGGAUACGCCUUGGUGUCCUCCCAACAUCGCCUACUAAAAAUCUCGACGUCCCUUUGACCUCGUCCCGAGUUCUCCGGUAUCCGAAGAGCUUUCGGGACCCGUAGUUUUAUUAGGGUGUCUGUAUGCGUGCGUCCUUCGUUUGCUGUGAAGCAAUGAGAUCCUAAUUACUGUGGUUAGUUCACAGUGUGUUGUGUAUGUUUCCACCAGUUGCGGUGUGGUCUUGUGCGCCUCGCUGUGUCCCUCUCCCGGUGACGAUCAGGGUAUAGAUAUUUUAGAAGCUCCCAAUGCGAGAACAAUUGCGAUAUUUUUUUCUCUCUCCAGCCCUCCCUUCCUUUGCAAGGGAUUCAAGGCUGGUUGUGAUGACAAAGACCUUUUUUCUACCUGCCACCUGCUGAAGGCAAUGCUGCAGGUCUUCCUUGCUCCAGAAUAUUUUGAGAGGUGGACCCUUUGCUGCUUCUUCUUCAUCCAUUUCUGCAAAGCCCAAAACACUCUGCAACCUGCCCAAUCUUAAGCACUUUUAAAACCAUGCAUUGUGGCAGAUGCUAAGCUGGUAUGGGAUUGCCCCCAUUUUAACUGAUUGAAAGAAAGAUCCAGUAAGCAACUUUAAGGUGGGGUGGAUUUCAAUUCCCAGAAUUCCCCAGUCAGCUUCCACGUCAAGCAUACUGGCUGGGGAAUUCUGGGAGCUGAAGUCCAGCCGUUGUAAUUUUGGGGAAUUUAGUGAGUGGAAGUCCACUCGUCUUAAAGUUGCCCACUUUGAGAAACACUGGAUUAAAGCUUAGCCUGGUUGUGUCGUGGUUUGGGCUGUUUGAGGCUAUCAACACUUCCAAGAUCACGUUCACAGCAUUGUAAUUAAAGCCAGGAUGCCAUUUUACAGAUUUUUUUUUCACACUCCUCCCCCCCUCAAAAACCUGGUCUUUUUCAGCUGGAGUCUUUUAACUUUGUGGUGCUCCAGUUCCAAUCAUUUUUCUGGCUGGGAACUAUUGGAGUUUGAAUCUAAAAUAGCUAGAAGACUUCCCCUCGGGGGGGAAAAAAAGCUACUUUUGGCCACUGGCUGUCUUCCUAUUUUUUAUAUAUCUUUUCACCACUCCUUCCUUCCUGCUUUUUCAGGCUCCGCGUAAUUUUUCAGAUGAAGGUUUACAUAGGAAACAAGUUUUUUUUUGCUGAUUUGCUCUGUGUGUGUUUUUGUAAAAAAUUUUGUUGAUGUUGUUUCGGGGUUGUUCCUUUCCCUCGUGCUAUCUGUACACUUUCCUCUGAGAAAGAAAGUCUUUUUCUCCCCUAAAUUCAUUUAGAGCUGGUCUCUUGUUGAACACUCGCGUUUUGCAGUUGCACUGAAGGAAGACUCAAACGAUAGGGGUUUUUUUUUUUGGCACAGAGGUAUUAUCUAAUCCUUUUCAUCCUGGCCUCCUUGCCUUUACAGAAGCUUGGUGGGCUUCUUAUGAGUAAACAGGCAAAGGAUUGUAAAACUGCACCUAAGUCCAGAACUGUGGAAUGCACCUGUAGUUGCGUAGCUGCAUUUAAUUCUGAUUUAAUUUAAUUAAAUCAAUAUUUAAUACCAAAUGUAAGCAAAGAGUUGAUAGCAGAUUGGCUGGCUACAGCUCCAGAAAUCCUCAAUUCCAAUCUUUAUAUAUAUAUAUAUAUAUAUUGAUUGCAAACAUUUUGCCUUGUUGUAUUCUUAGAUCUGUUUUGUUGCCUGAAUGUCGGUAAGAAUGACAACAGAAGCCUAUGUAGGUUCAGAAUUUUAGACCCUUUGAAGAUGCAAUUAUUUUGAUUCUACUAAAUAUAAUUUAUAAAUAUAUAUAUAAUAAGCAAUCCUCUGUGGAGUUUACUCAGGAGGAAAUCCUACCCUAUUGAAUGGGAUUUGUUCCCAGCAAAGCACAAAAUGUUGGCUCACGACUUUGGGCCCCAACCUGAAUUAAUAUUUAAGUAAGUAAUUUAAGUAAUAUUUAAUUUUACUUACUGUAAGUAAGUCUUUUAAUUUUAUGGACCAAUUGGGAGGAACCAGUGUCCGUUAAAGCCAAAUGUUAAUUAAAUCCAACUUUAUGUAACACCCGUGAAUGUUACGUGAUGUUCAUAAUAUUUAUGUCAUACACCCAUGUACUUUACAAAAAAAUAUGUAUCCACAUGGUCUGAUUUACCACGCUGUUUGCUGAAGCCACCCAAAUUCAGAUAUUGUCUGUUAAAUCCAAAGUCUGUUGAAUCAAGGUCUGUAAAAUCGAGAUGGGGUCGUAGCAACAUCCAGACUCAAAUUUUUGCAGUUGGUAGGAAUGACUUGUGUACUAAUUUAAAAGGGGUUUAAAGAUGUUGGAAGCAAUGAGGGAUCCUUGUAUUUCUCUUAUAAGUUGGACAUGGUGUUGAUUCACCAUCUCCCAUCGCUGCAACUUCUCAGUCUCUGGGCCAGGGAAAUUUGCCCGUAGCAUUUUCACCCCAAGAGUUGAAUUUCACUCUCCUGCAAAAUGCCGUAUGGCUUUUUCUUCCUAAGUCCCAAAGGCAGAGACGGAGAGGCGAAUGCUUCCCUCGCAAACAAAAAUAAAAGUAAAAACAAAAACCAACAACAACAA